AUGUUCCUCGUCCUGCUCCUGUGGCUCUACGCGGCUACAGGUGAACUUCUCUCCCCAGUGAGCUCCUGCCCGUCGCAGUGCAGCUGUUUUUACCACAACUUGAGUGAUGGAUCAAAGGCCAGGAGCGUGAUUUGCAAUGAUCCCGAGAUAUCUCUUGUGCCUGUCGGGUUUCCUGUCGACACGUCCAAGCUGCGGAUUGAGAAGACGGCCAUCCAGCGGAUACCGAGCGAAGCCUUCAACUACCUCUCCGGUCUGGAAUUUCUUUGGAUGUCUUUCAACACACUGUCCACCUUGAGCCCGGACAGUUUCCGGGGACUGCUCAACCUGGAGGAGCUUCGUCUGGACGGGAAUGCCCUCACCGCCUUUCCCUGGGAAUCUCUCAUGGAUAUGCCCAGCCUCAGACUUCUCGAUUUGCACAACAAUCAGCUCCUCUCGCUGCCAGCUGAGGCCACCGCUUACAUCAAAAACCUCACCUACUUGGAUCUGUCUAGCAACAGCUUGCUGACCCUGCCGACUGAGGUUCUGUCCACCUGGCUGGCGGCGAAACCUGUGCAAGGUCCAGAGAGCUCCAAGAUGAUACUUGGUCUCCAUGACAACCCCUGGGUGUGUGACUGUCGGCUCUACGACCUGGUCCAGUUCCAGAAGUCUCCGUCUCUUUCAGUGGCGUUCAUUGACACGAGGCUGAGGUGUUCAGCACCGGAGAAUGUAUCCGGGGUCCUGUUCAGUGAUGUCGAGCUGCGGCGCCGUCAGCUCCCACGUAUCCACACAGCGGUGGCACGCGUCCGGAGCGCUGUUGGGAACAACGUGCUGCUCCGCUGUGGCACCAUUGGAGUCCCCAUCCCAGACCUGUCAUGGCGGAAGGCAGAUGGGCGACUCCUUAACGGAACAGUCCAACAGGAAACCUCAAAGGAGGGAAUCACCUGGCCCAUCCUCCGUGUCCCAGCUGUGUCCUAGGAUUCAGGGAAAUACAUCUGCAAGGCCAUUAACUAUGCUGGGAAUGCCGAAGCUGUCAUUUCUCUCAUUGUCUCUAACUCACCAAAACCAGAGGGGAACCAAACCCGCGACGACAACAAAGUCAAAGUCAAGAAACCCAACCCGGUGGGGAAAGCUGCCUCCCAGGAGAAACUGGUGGCCAGAUAUUUGGUUCCAACCUCCAUCCCUUCGUCACUGCCUGCCCUGGAUCCAGGCCUUCCACCUGGUCUUGGUCCUGAUCCUGGACUAGCUAGUUACAGCCUAGCUGACAGAGCGACCCCAGGGCCUGCCACCUCCUCCAACCCAGAUGCGCUGUUGGAUCUGGAGAAGACUAAUCUAAGCAACCUGGCGGCCAAUACUUCAUCGCUGCAGCAGGACCCGGACAGGGUGGUCCGCUCAGUCAAGGUGGUGGGGGACACAGACAAUACCAUUCAUUUGAACUGGAGAGCCCCUAAGGCCAAGAACACAACAUCAUUUAGUGUGAUGUAUGCUGUGUUUGGAGAGCGGGACAUGAGGAAGAUCAAUGUUGGGGCGGGACAGAACCGUGUUUCCAUCGAAGGGCUGGUGCCCAGGACCAAGUACAUUGCCUGUGUGUGUGUGAGGGGGCUGAUUCCCAAGAAAGAGCAGUGCGUCAUAUUUUCCACUGAUGAAGCAGCCAGUGCCACUGGGACCCAGAGGUUGAUUAAUGUGAUUGUGAUGGCCUGUAUCAUCGCGGUCCCGCUCACUGUCAUCGUGUGCUGUGGGGCUCUCAAGAGACGCAUUCAGAAGUACUGGGGUAAGAAAUCCAAGGAUAUCCAAGAUUCAUACGUGACCUUUGAAACGCUGUCGCCUGGCACAAAGGCCAAAGGGCUCGAGGGGGAGUAUUUGACCCGACUGAACCCAGAGGAGUCCAACAGGCUGCUGUCAGCCCGCUCCAGCUUGGACUCUGAGGCAACUGCGAAGAUAGAGGGACAGCCUAACGAGUACUUCUGCUGACAUCAUGCUCCAGCUCCGGCUCCUGCCGCACACCAUCUUCCUCGCACGCACCGACACCCGCAUCCACGCCCAAGUCUGACCGCUAAUACCUAUUCACAUCCCCAUCACCACCCCUAUCUCCAUCCACACCAGCAUCCCCAUCCCUGCCCGUACUCUCACUCUCAGCAACAUCCUGCCGUCAGUUCCCCUCCCAUGCGCUCCCGUACGCCCACAUCAUGGGAUUCCCCCCCACCCGUCCCGCCCCGCUGGAUCACGCCACCAACUCCACCACCACAGAGAUACAACUUCUAUCAAAGGACUUUUGCACGCUGCACUAUAAUGGCAAUAUCAGUUUAGAGGAAUGUUUAACAUCGUAAUUAACUUUUUCAGACAUUUGUAGAAUAUUUAAUGUUUCUUACAGAUAGAGUGAAACUCACUUCAGUGACACAUGUGUCCAUGAAUCAAUAGUAAGAUAACUUCUGCACAUGAUUUUAUGUCUAGAAGAAUGUUUUGAUCUCUAAGCCUGUAAGAGAAAACAUGUCUAAAAGCUGAAAGAGCAUAGCAAAUGUUGUAAACUAUUUUUCAUCGCACUUGCAUGGCCCAGCGAAGAAACCUCUGCAACCGGAUCCAACUUAAAGGGAACUCAUUGGUAGAAGCUGUGUUGUUUCUAUCAUUACUGUAUGUGUAUGAAUUGUAUAUACUUUACUGGAUGAUGAACGCUUACAUAUACAGUUAAGUCUGUGCCUCUGUAUAUAUCUGUCAUAUGUUCUCAGAGAAGAUAUACACAUAGGCAUGGUUCAACACUCUGGUGUAUGGAGUAAAGCUGGAGCUGGAGAGAAGUACAGAAAGGACUAUGACACAAUGUAAAUAGGUGAAAAUGAAAUGAUGCUAGAUUAAAUGUUACAUUAUUUCUGUUCCCAGCAAUGAGACACACACUGCAAUAUUUUUAUGUACC